UACAAUGCCGGCGAACGGCGAACUUCGCCGAAUUGGGCGAUGCCGUCGUUCACCGGUCGCCCUGCUAAUUCGCCUACUUUAACACAAUUAGAGCGGCGGCGAACACAGCUGAUGCAAUUAUUUGACACUGAAAAUUUUUUCUGCAGAGUGAUUGAAAUAUCUGUACAUUAAUUUCAAUAUGAAUGAAAUCUCGCGGUUAAUACGCAUUAUCAAAAUUAUAAAUAUUAUGUGCGUGAUGGUGAAGAUGUAUUUGCUUGUGCGCCAACGAUUAAAGAGGAGAUGGUGGGUACGUCCAGUAAAUCUUACUAGACAACGUCUUGGUUUCCAUGAAACCUGUUUUGCCCAAUUAAAACUGAACGAUAAGGAGGAUUUCUUUAAAGCAACACGAAUGAGUGUCACCAAGUUCAAUGUCCUUUUAACUCUGCUUAGAGAAAAGCUUCAACGGUUUUCCAGGAGAGAGCCAAUAAACGAAGAGAUCCGCUUGGGAAUUACUUUGACAUACUUAUCACAAGGCUGCAGUCCACAGUUUUUGGCUUGGACCCACAAAAUUGGCGUUUCUACAAUAAGAAACAUA